CAUUCAUACGAGGGGGAGUAGGAAUAUAUUCAUCGAGAAUUAGUCAUCCAAAUUAUUUACUUCGCUCGAUCGUACGAUUUGGGUCAGUACUUCAAAAAUCCUGCUACGAAGAACAUCCAAACGUUCUUCCAACGUUUCUUCCAAACGGGAAUUAUAUAUAAUGUUUUUCACAAUCUUCUUGAGUUUCUUUACACUUUUGUUGGUGUUGCACUGUUUUGUAAGAUAUGGAAGAGUGGGAAGAAUAUCCAGUAGAAUACCUGGACCGAAAGCAUAUCCGAUAAUAGGCAAUUUAUAUCACUUUCGAGUUAAAAAUGAACAAAUUCUUGAAAAAUUUUGGAAAACGAAUGACGAAUUUUAUCCCAUCCACAGAAUAUGGUCCCUUUUCUUUUCAUUAGUAACUUUACUUCAUCCGGAAGAUGUCGAGAUACUUUUAAAAAGUACCCAACAUCUAGAAAAAGUUAUACCUUACAACUUCUUACGACCCUGGCUAUCCACUGGACUAAUAACUAGUUCGGGUGAUAAAUGGAAACAACGACGGACAAUCUUAUUACCUACCUUCCACUUUAACAUACUUAAACACUUCGUCGUCACUUUAAACGAAGAAGCACAAUAUCUUGUAACAUCACUGAAAGAGGAAGGAAAAGGAGAACCGAUCGUUAAAGAUUUACAGGAACUUAUACCCAUACAUACAUUAAAUGCGAUAUGCGAAACGGCUAUGGGUACCCCUUUAAAAGGAAUGGGCGAAUUCGAAGCUAAAUAUCGCGAUGCCGUUCAUGCUUACGGCAAAAUCGUGAUGCAUAAAUUGACAAGACCUUGGUACCAUUUCGAUACCAUAUUUGCAUUAUCGAGACAUAAUCGACUACAAAAAGAAUUGGUGAAAACGCUUCACGACUUCUCGAAGAAGAUAAUAGCAGAAAGAAAACUUUUCCACGAACAUACUAACAGGAAAUAUUUACAAAACUUUGGAGAAAUGGAUGCGAGUCAGACUUCUUCUGAAAAAGUCAACGAGAAUAAUCAAAAUCCGACAUCCAAGAAAAGAUUGGCUAUGCUAGAUUUACUUAUUGCCGCUUCUUUAAAUAAUCAAAUCGAUGAGGAAGGAAUUCAAGAAGAAGUCGAUACUUUUAUAUUCGCGGGGCACGAUACUGUAGCAAUGGCAUUGUCUUUUGCUUUACUUCUUUUUGCAAAACACAAAGAUGUUCAGGAAAAUAUAAGAAACGAAGUGAGCACGGUUAUGGAACAAAAAGAUUUAAAAAUGACAACCUCGGUGAUACAAGAAUUUUCAUAUUUGGAAAGAUGUCUUAAAGAAUCACUUCGCUUGUAUCCAAGCGUUCAUUCUGUACUUCGUUAUAUAUCUAAAGAUAUGCAACUGAAGAAUUAUUUAAUCCCAGCUGGUACGACUUGUAACGUAAGUAUUUACAGCUUACACAGAAAUCCAGAAUUUUGGCCAAAUCCCGAUGUGUUCGAUCCGGACAGAUUUUUAACAGAAAAUAUGAAAGGACGCAAUCCAUAUUCGUAUCUCCCGUUUAGUAUAGGACCAAGAAACUGCAUCGGUCAAAAAUUCGCAAUGCUGGAACUGAAACUCAUGGUAGCUCACAUAUUAUACAACUUUUAUUUGGAACCAGUGGAUGAACUGAACAACGUUAAAAUAAUGGAAGAUGUUUUAUUGCGCUCUUCCAAAACACUCCGUGUCAAAUUUAUACCUAUAAAAUAACGACACUGCGUCUUUGCAUUUUCUAUUUUUUCCUUAAUUAAAUAAAUAAUCAAAUAAACUGCAAUAA